AUGAGUCUAGAUGUGUUGCCUCUGCAGGUGCGGAACAGAGGGCCUCCUCCCAAAUACAGUGAUCCAGAUUUGUUCUCCCUAGAAAUUCACCAUGGAGGUUAUAUUUUAGAGGGGAAGUAUGUUCAGGGUAAGGUUACAUGGGCAGACAACUGUAAUGCUGACCACCUGUCGAUGCUUGACCUGUUUGAUGUUGCUAUCUGUUUAGGAUAUGAGCAUCAAAAAAUACAGUACCACUACUGGAACAAAAGAAGGGGAUUUGUUCCAAUUAAAGUAGAUGCCCAUGUAGUUGAGUUUGUGGAGCAUACACCUACCUCUAAAGUUCAACCCUUAUAUCUCUCAUAUAAGCAUCAACCACAUUUCCCAGAGAGCCAGGCAUCUGCAUCUACUCCACAAUUGGGGUUGGAAGUAGAAGUUGAAACUGAAACUGAUGUUGGUGAGUUGGGGAACCAGUUUGUAGAAGUGGAUGUUGAUUUAGAUGAUGAUGGUGAUGAUGAGGCAGAUAAUGAGGGAGGUAAUGAGGCAAAUGACAGUGAAGAUGAUGAGGCUGAAGAUGAUGAUAGUGAGACAGACAUUGAGUUGAUUGACUCUGAGUUUGAGCAGUCAGAUGAAGAAGGGUUGAAGACAGUCUUGGAAGAGGAUGAUAACUUGUUUGAUAAACAUGUAGUUGAUGAAGAAAAUGAAGAAUACAAUGAAGAACCUGGUGAGGUUGACAGUGAAGAUUACAAUACCGACGAACUUGUAAGUCUUGAUGAAGAAUCUGAUGAGGAUGAAGUUGUGAAAAACCGUAGCCGCAGAAGAAAAGCUCCUAGGUUUAAGCAGUUUACAGAAUUUGAUUUGCUGAAGCCAACAUUUCAUUUGGGAAUGGAAUUUACGAACAUGGAGCAAUGUAAGGAAGCAAUAAGGUAUUAUGCAGUUUCAUGUGCAAGGCCAUUGAAGUGGGUGAGGCUCAAAUGUGAAGGAGAUAAUAAACAAAAGGUUCCAUGUCCAUGGAUGCUGUAUGCUUCUCAUGUGGGGAAAGGUCCAACUACAAAGAUUAAGACAUAUGUUCCAAGGCAUACAUGUGGAAGGAGGCAAAGAACCAAGUAUGCCACUUCAUCAUGGCUGUCUAAGAGGUUUGAUGAGGAGUUAAGAGAUAAUCCCAAUAUGAAAGUGACAGAUUUCAUGAAGUUAAUAAGGAAACAAUAUGCCAUAGAUGUAACUGAGGCUCAAGUUUACAAAGCCAAGAGUUUUGCAAAACUUAGAAUUCAAGGUAGUAUUCAAGAGCAAUAUGGUAAGUUGUGGGAUUAUUGUGAGGAGUUAAAGAGCAAUAACCCUGGAAGUACUGUCAUUGUGAAGACUGAUUUGCAGGGUGAGAAUCCUAUUUUUAAGAGGAUUUAUAUAUGUUUUGGAGCACUUAAAAAAGGAUUUGUGGAAGGAUGUAGAGCAGUGGUGGGUUUUGAUGGGUGCCAUAUUAAGGGUUUUCAUCCAGGACAGAUUCUAAGUGCAGUUGGGGUUGAUGGAAAUAAUGGGAUGUAUCCAAUUGCUUUUGCUGUUGUUGAAGUUGAAAACACAGAGACUUGGAGUUGGUUCUUUGACAUAUUCUUUCAAGAUGUAGGUAUUCAAAAUGGCAAUGGGUGGAUUUUCAUUACUGAUAAGCAAAAGGGUUUAGGGAAUGCCCUUCAUGCUUUGAUGCUCAAUGCUGAGCACAGGCAUUGUGUGAGGCACUUGCACAAUAAUUUCAAGCUUACAGGCCAUACUGGUAAUGCUUUGAAGCAGAGGUUGUGGGCAGCAGCUAGGGCAACAACAAUACCUGUAUUUGAAGUUGAAAUGGAGCAGAUGUUGGGUCAAUCCGAGGCAGCUUAUAAGUGGCUUGAGGAGAGACCAGCUGCUCAUUGGAGUAGAUCACACUUUAGUACAGUCCCAAAGUGUGAUAUACUUCUAAACAACUUGUGUGAGUGUUUUAAUGCUGCAAUUCUAGAAGCAAGGGAUAAGCCCAUUGUUACUCUUUUGGAGAGAAUUAGAACCUAUUUUAUGCUUAGAAUGGCUAGACUUAGAGAGAUAGUGUGGCCCCAUGAGGUUGGUCCAAGGAUAUUUGCUAUUGUGGAAAAGAAUUCAAUUGAAAGUGGCCACUGCAUAGCUUCGUAUGCUGGUGGGGGGAAGUAUCAAGUUAAUAGCAUGUUGGGAGCUAUGUUUGUUGUGGAUUUAGAAAGGCAUACAUGUACCUGCAGAAAAUGGGACUUAAGUGGAAUUCCUUGUCCACAUGAUUUGGCUGCAAUAGCAAAGAGUGAGCACAGACCUCUGGAUUUUGCGCAUGCACUUUACAAAAGGCCGGCAUAUGAUAGGGCUUAG